AUGUGCAGUGGUCCCGCUCACCAAUCUUACGCCGCGCCCCCGCGCGCACGCCAAUCCCCACCUGGCGUGCGGUUUGGCGAACUGAUAGCCCAGAAUGCAGUCCAUGAGGCCUGGCAAGCUGAGCUGAGCAAACACCAAGAAGAAGCAAUCAAGAAGGAGCGAGAAGAGCGCAAGGCUGAAUUAUUGAGACUCAAAGAAGAAGUGCGACGCAAAGAAGAGGAAAUCAAACGGGCGACAAUCUGUAGUUUGGAAACUUCGAACGUGAGUGCUGAGAAGCUUGUAGCCAGACAAUGGGUGGUUGCACAGAAGAGAGAGACUGGGCGGGCAUUAGCCUCAGAGCUAGCGACAAAGACGACAGUGGCGAUGCCAUCAUUAGGUGGAUUGAUUGACCCGAGCUCAAUGGAUAAUGAGGAGACAAACCGGCCGGAUAUCAAGGGUGAAUUAGGACAAUGGGACAACUAUUCAUCGAUGUUUGAUCUCAAGAGGCUCGACGCAAACCUCCAACCAGGCUAUAUCAACCACAAAUCCAUGAGACUCGUCAUGAACGACCAUGCCCUUGCCUUGGUCGGUGGCUUUGAGAUCGAGUCCGUCUGGGAACAUCAGCUCCGGAGCGCUAUGAUGGGCCUUUUCGUCCCCCCACCCGAGGCUGGUGCCAUCAACCAAACUACCUCAGAUGAUCUUUCUCUCCACAACUUGACUGGCUGA